AGAACAGCAGUUGGCAGCAUUUCUACACAAGCCUCAAGCAUCAGGUUUAGAGAAACUAAAGAAGAUAGAAAGCUGAAGACAUCAUGAAGUUCUUGUUGGUGGCUGUUCUGGUGCUGGCCUCUGUGGCUCACCUUAAGGCAGAAAAAGAAGAUGAGAAAUUACUGGCAUUGAUGGAAAUGGACGAAGAUGCUGCUCUUGAUAUGAUCUUGUCAGACAAUGAAGAAGAUGCAUUAAGACCAACAUGGCGACCAUUUCCAUCAAUGCGACCAUUUCCAUCAUGGCGACCAUUUCCAUCAAUGAGACCAUUUCCAUCAUGGCGACCAUUUCCAUCAAUGCGACCAUUUCCAUCAAUGCGACCAUUUCCAUCAUGGCGACCAUUUCCAUCAAUGCGACCAUUUCCUUCAUGGCGACCAUUUCCAUCAAUGCGACCAUUUCCAACAUGGCGACAUUUUCCAUCGCGUAGACCACGCCCAUCGCGAAGACCACGCCCAACACCUCCAKCCUUUGUGGUCGAGUGUUUAAGAGAAUUUAAGAAGUGCAUGAACGAAUCUGGAAACGAUCUCAGGAAAAAGUUCAAGUGUGGCCUAAACUUGGGAAAAUGUAUUAGAGACAACAGGCCUACCAGACCCCCAUCAGAUGAAAGUGAUGCCAGGAGACCACGUCCAUCUGGUAGACCACGCCCAUCGCGAAGACCACGCCCAACACCUCCAUCCUUUGUGGUCGAGUGUUUAAGAGAAUUUAAGAAGUGCAUUAGCGAAUCUGGAGACGAUCUUGGCAAAAAAUUCAAGUGUGGCCUAAACUUGGGAAAAUGCAUUAGAGACAACAGGCCUACCAGACCCCGUCCAUCUGGCAGACCCCGUCCUUCUCGAAGGCCCCGUCCAUCUGGCAGACCCCACCCUUCUCGAAGGCCCCGUCCAUCUAGAAGACCACGCCCAACCUUCUGAAUAAAUUAAAGCUUAAAGAAGAAAUUGAUUUAAUCAAAUACGAUUGUAGUAUUGUACUACUGAACACAUGUAAUAGAACUGAAAUAAAAUGAAGAGCAUUGAAUCA